AUGCUGCCGCGGCUUCCGCUACACGAUCCGAGCAGCGUUGCGGCGGCGUCAAGGGCCUUUAAACCAUCGCCUCGCACUACAUCGCGCCGACGGGAGCCGUCUCCGCGCCUCGAAGAGCGUCCUGACGACGACGAUGCGCACGUCAGCUACAUUCCGCGCGAGUACUAUGUCGUUGAAACUCAUGCCGUGCCGACGUACAAUCCGCAGCAGUUUGCAUCUUCGUUCAAAGUGGGUCCUAACGGUCACGGCAUUUGGGAGACCAUCGUCUUUCCUUCGCUCGAGCCCCACACGCGCCAAGAGGUACUCUACCUCCAGCAAGCCCUUCACGCGAUGCAAGCCAACGCGGCCACCGAAGCGUCGUCGUCAGCACCGAGCCAGGUCGCGGCCGAGUGGCGCAUCUACGCGGUUGUCUUCCACGAGCUCAUUCGUCAAAUGAAGUUCAUCUGCAAAGAGCAAGCGACGAUCGUCACAUACCUCGUCUCGCAGAUGCAGUCGCUUUUCGUCCGCCUCCACGACCACGUCAAGAUCCUCGAAGCCGCGUCGCUCUUGGUACCGCCGACCACCGUACAAGUCCUGACGCCGGCGCCGCCACCCACCCCCAAGCCACCUGCAAGCGGCCACCGCCCGUGCCCGAGCAAGCCAGAGGAGGAGGACGACGACGACGCGGACGAAGAAGGGUUUGUGUGCUCAUUGUGCCUCGAGUACUCGAAAGAUCCGGCUCGGGAAGCCACGCGCCGCAGCACGCUUCUCAGUAGCAUCACGAUGCGUCACCUUGGCACGUCGAUUAACGGCGACAACCGCAAGCUCCAAGCGAUCCGAAAACUCCAAGCCGUCUUUCGCGGGUAUCGCAUUCGGCGUGACAAGUGGAUUGUGGACCGCGUCCGGCGCCGGCAGCACGCCGCGCGAACGAUCCAACGCGCUUUUCAGCGCUUUGAGCAGCGCAAGCGAGCCAUCGCCAAGAAGAGGGCGCAGGACACGUGGCGCAAGCACGUGACGAUGAUAUUGGCCGUGCGUCGACUGCAAAAACGGGUGCGCAAAUUCCUGCAAGUUGGCCGCGAGUACCGCGAAGGGCAAUUGAGUUUGGUCGCAAACCGCUUCAAGCUCGCGGGCCGGGACCUCAGUCAAGUCCUGGACGAAAAGUGCACGCAGUUGGAGACGAUUUCGCGUCGCCUCCAAAACUUUCAGAUUCAGAUUCAGCACAUGGUGGCCUUGAUUGUACCUGGUACACGUCCUGCACCAGCGACGACAUUGCGAUUGUCGCAGGAAGUCUCCGAAGUCGACCCCGUCGACUGCUGUGGCGACGUGCACUUGGCGCUCGUUGAGCUUCACCACCACGUGAGCGAGCUCCACGUGCGCGAACAGCGUGUCCAGCGCGAGUCGGAAGCGACGUUAUGCAAGCUGCGCGAGGCCCAGCGCGCGUGGGACGAGGCCAAGCGCGCGAACGUCGGGUUCGGCAAGGACGACGACGACGAAGACACGAUCGAUGGGUGGGCGAUUGGCGCACCGCGCACGAGUUCGUCGCCUGCUCGCCCAACGUCGGUCGUCAGAACUGCUGCCCCGGACGUGCCCGAGCCCGAGCCCCACGGUAACAAGAGUCUCACGCAAGAGCUGUACGCGACAAUGAAGCCGCUGCGGUAUGGCAAGAAAUGGCUCGCACACACCAACCUGAAGCGGGAGCCCACCGUCGAGUCGCCAGUCGCAACCAUCGAAACGAGUGCGCUGCACGACGACGUCGUAGUUGUUGCGACGGAGCGCAGUGGCUCACUCGCGUCAACGGGGCACUCCGUGACCACCGAGGGCCAUCGCGGCGCCGUGCUCAUGCACCGGUUCCGGUCAACACAGAGUCUCGAGCGCCCGCGGCGGCCCCUGGGCUGGGUCAAGCAGCUGCUCGUGCACAUCUACGAGACGAUCGCGCUCGCACUGCGCGAAGAGCGGCAGUCGUGGCCACCACAUGUCGCCACCGCGCUUGUCCAUCAGUUUGACUUGUCGCUGACGCUGCCCGAGGCGCAGGCCGUCGCUUCGGCCAUGCGCGACCUCCGCAGCGCCAAGCCCGCGACGAGCUUGUCGGACAUCAUUUGCCGGCACUUUCAAGCCCACUUUGGACUUCCGCAGCUCGUGGACCAAGCCAUCUACGACCUCGCGACGCACAUCCACGAGUACGCCCAGCGCGACCCGGACGUCCACCUCUUUCAGCAUUUUCUCAACGGCACGCGGUCCCGCGCCAACCUCGCGUUCUUCUCGUAUGUUCGCCAGCUCUGCGCCGCGCUGAGCCGCGACGAUGCGUCGUCGAGUCCGCGCUUGCCGUACUUGCACGCGACGUCCAGCCGAGAGCUCAUCGAUGUGCCGCAUGCGCUCAAGGUGGCGCAGAUCCUAUUGCGCGUCCGCGACGAAACCAUCCUCCUCGAAGCCGACCCGCUCGUGGACCUCAAUGGCCGGACGCCAUCGGCUCUCUUUGAGCAAUGCCGCGCUGCGAUCGAAGCCAAGGCGCAGGAAGCCGUGCGUGAGACCCACGAAUUUGACCAGGAUGGAAACGACAACGACGACGAGAGCAUCGAGAAGCCUCGGCACGCGUUCAACGCGCUCUUGCAGCCGCUCAAGUUUCACUCGCACCUGCCAGCGAGCCGGAGCCCGGUGCGGAGCCGCGUGCAGACGACGCAUCCGCCGUCGCUCUCGCCGGUGUUGUAUUUUGCCGACUUUUUCGACAUUUUAUGCAAAUUCCACGCUGAAGUGCACGUGCAUGCGACCCAGCGCGAGUGGCUGCAGGAGACCUUCGACACGAUCGACGGCGACCGACGGGCGCCGACGCCCCGCGAGCUCCAUCAGAUCUACCGCCACGCGCUGCAAGUGCCGCUGGACCGCACCAAAGUGCCAACGGCACGGGUCGGUCCCAUGGGCUUCCGCACGUUUUUUGGGAUUGUGCAGCGGCUGCUCGCGACCAAGCAGCUGCGCCCGUCGGCGCUGCACGCCGAGGCGGACGACGACGACCCCGACCCGACCAUCGCCCACGACAAGAUGAAGCUGCAGACAAUCAUGCACCGCCUCACGCUCGACUGGCUCGAGAAGGAGCCGUUCGUCGAAGCCGCGCUGGCCCACGACGCCGGCCGGCACUUGGGCCCGCGCCUGCGACAGCUCUGCGUCGAGCUCACGCAAGCGCUGUGCCUCAAGCCAUCGACCGACGCGAUCGAGACGCGCAUCGAGCAAAUGCAAGCGGCGUGGGAGCGCUACUGCGCGAUCAUUUGCGUGGUCAUGGUGCUCGAGAUCAAGCGCGCUGGCGGCGUCAGCGUCGUCGAAGCACAGCUCGGCGACGUCGACCGGGUCUGGAAUGUGUGCUUUCGCAAGCCCGCGACGGACGUGCCAACGGUGACCACUGUCUAAAACACACUUUGCUUCGGGAUGUUGACGCUGCCUCGGCGUACAGGCGGAAGACACGCGCAUGUGG